GCUCUUGAUUGGAUAUUAGUAUGAAUUGUGCGCUACUGUAAUGUGGCUUGUUUAUGGACAAUCAUUUAAUCUAGUGCUUCAAGUUAUUUCUUUCCACUUCUAGUUACUGAGAAAAUUAUCCUCAGAAAAUGUCUUGAAAAUCACACUUCAACCUACUUUUGACAUUCGCCAAGUUUCCAAAGUUUUCGAUAUGAAUCAGACGAUUGAAUAGUAUGUAAGGUUUGAGUCACGGUUUUCAGGAUUAAUAACGGUAAUAAUCACAUCUGCGUUGUAGUAAUAAGGAUACAAGGUCAGUGUUAAUACUCGACACGUACGACUAUCCUUGGUUGAAUUCUCGAAAAGAAACAUAAGUAAGAAGUUUAUGAUGGGUUUAUUGGAUAUAUGCGGCCACUAAAAAUGUUCACUGUAUCUAACAAUGUGCUACUCCAUGCCAGCUUUUUUUGCGGCUACUUCUCAUUGCACCAGAUCCUAAUAUGAAUGUGAAUCUAUGUACAAAAACAAAUUUUUUGUACAUAGAUUUAAUUUAGGGACGAGCCAAUCAGAAGCGCUUGCGCAAUUUCAAGGUCACGGAGCCAAGUUCAACACGCGCUGGUAACAUACGAUCGGUUCACAGCGGAUUUUGGAGAGUGGGUGAUUAAUGAGAAGUUACAACAGAUAAGACGGUGAGACUAAUUUAGGGACGAGCCAAUCAGAAGCGUUUGAGCAAUUUCAAUUAUUAGUCAAUCAGAAGACAGCAUAAAGUAAAAAUAUAUUACAAGAAAGUAAUAAAUUACAGUGGAUAUUCUUCUUUGACAUGAUUUAAAAACUUGUAUGUUAACAUCAUAACAUUAACCCUCACCUAACUCUAAACCUAAACCCUAACCUUAACCUUAAAUCCUCACCUAAACCUAAACCCUAUCCUUAUCCGUAAACCUAACCCUAACCCAAUAGACGAGUUUCCAUUCCAUAUGCAUUGUGAAUUCUGAACCUUAAUCAAACCUUAACAAGUUUUUAAAUCAUGUAACAAGAGAAUAUCCACUGUAAUUCAUUACUUUCAUAUAUUUUCAUUUUAUACUGACUUUCUUCUGAUUGGCUAAUAAUUGUCAGGGUCACUUAAGAUUCGUUCAAAGGUCGUCCUUAAAUUAGAGUCUCGCCAAAAUUUCCGUCACACACAAAAACGUCAAAGAACGGACAACUCAAACACAUCCACAUUAUCAUUGAGGAUCGUAACUUUCAUCGGUAUACUGAUGAAUCCUAUAGGAUUCUGAAAUGAAGUGACAAUCGGCGGUUGUGCUGGUGUUUUUUACUACUUUUUAGAAAUAUGUGGUUUACUGGUAUAUGCGCGUACAAUAGAUCGAUAAUGCUCAAGACUUACUACUGGGCACAUAAAUGGCUUGAUGAAAAACUCUGCAAGAUCAUCACUAAUGGAAUAUGGGCCGAAUAUUUUACAUGGGAGGAAACAAACCACCUUGAUUGCUAAAACAGAAAUAAAUGGUAUUUCAUUUUCAAACGAUUUCGGUUUGAAUGCCACCUACAUUUAAUUGUGAUUAUUUGUCAACUAAGUAUAUAUAUAUUCUUGUACAUCCUACAGUUUAGUUUUCCCAAUCCACAUCCAUUAUUUUUCGAUAGAUUUAAUUAUCGCUUUUUAUUUGAUCCUGACACCCUAAAUUACUUUCUAUGUUUUUAGAUACCCCAGAUGACAUAAUUUUCAUGAUCAGUCUUACGCCUUCCUAUCGGAUUUUUUAGAAUAGAAAAGAUUAAAAGAAAACUCAUCGGCAGUCUGAACUCGUAGGUGAACGAGUUUUUCUAGAGCUUGUCGGAUUUGCAUUGAAAGUAUAACAUGGUGGAUGCGGAAUUCAAACGAAAACUAAAUGAAAUUCGUGAGAAAGUAGAAGAUCUUUUUGAUUUUGAAGGAUGUAAAGUUGGUCGUGGAACAUAUGGAAGUGUUUAUAAAGCUAAACUUAAAGAUGGUACAGACAGUAGAGAUUAUGCGUUAAAACAAAUCGAAGGCACUGGCUUAUCUAUGUCUGCGUGCCGAGAAAUAGCUCUUCUUCGUGAGUUAAAGCAUCCAAAUGUAAUUACUCUACAACGAGUUUUUCUGAAUCAUACAACUAGGCGAGUAUGGUUGCUAUUCGACUUUGCAGAACAUGAUCUUUGGCAUAUCAUAAAAUUUCAUAGAACAACUAAAGCAAAUAAAAGUACAGUUCAAGUCUAUGGCAAUAUGGUCAAAAGUUUAAUGUAUCAAAUAUUAAAUGGAAUCCAUUAUUUACAUGACAAUUGGAUUUUACAUCGUGAUUUGAAACCUGCAAACAUCUUAGUUAUGGGUGAAGGUCCUGAUCGAGGUCGAGUUAAAAUAGGUGAUUUAGGUUUUGCUCGUCUAUUUUAUCAACCACUGAAGCCAUUAGCUGAUUUGGAUCCAGUUGUUGUAACAUUUUGGUAUCGUGCACCAGAAUUGCUGCUUGGAGCUAGACAUUAUACGAAAGCUAUUGAUAUAUGGGCUAUUGGAUGUAUUUUUGCAGAAUUACUCACAUAUGAACCUAUAUUUCAUUGUCGUCAAGAAGAUAUUAAAACAAGUACACCAUAUCACAAAGAACAGCUGGAACGUAUUUUUCGUGUAAUGGGAUAUCCACCAGAUGAUGCUUGGGUUGAUAUGAAAAAAAUGCCAGACUAUCAUCAAUUAUUACGUGAUUCCAUAAGUAAGAAAACCUAUGGUAAAUAUUCACUGGAAGGUUAUUUUGAAGAGAAAAAAUUCAAAGUGGAUGAAAGAGAAUUAGCUUUGCUCAGACGUUUGUUAACUAUGGAUCCCGUUAAACGUUUAUCUGCUGCUGAGGCUAUGGAAGAUUCUUACUUCAAAGAAGGUGAAAAACCAAAUAAUGAUGUUUUUGGAAAUUUACCCAUACCUUAUCCUAAACGAGAAUUUAUCUCUGAUGAUGAUUCUGAUGAUAAACAAACUGGUGCAGAUAAAAAUGUCACACAAACUGGACAACAACCAAACGCUACUGGAGGAAGACAAACUACAGCACAUCCUACUGGUGGCAGUGGAAUACAUACUACACAUCCUCAGCAACAAUCUCAACAACAACAACAACAACAACAGCGUGGAAAUAAUGCUCCACAACCCCAGUUACCAUUGCCUCAGCAACAACAGAGAACAAAUGGACAGCCACCGCCACUGAAUACACAGCAACAGCAACAACACAUGAACUCGGGUCAAUCUAAUCCCCAUACAAGACAAUUAAUUCAUCAACAGAAUAAUAAUGAUGAUAUACCAUCUAAUAAGCGUAUUCGGUUAUCCCAGGGGAAUAAUGAAACACCGAUCGCACCACCGCCAUUACCAUCCUCCUCGACAACAUCAUCAUCUACAACAGUUAAUAGUAGUGGAAUCUUACAUACAAACACAAAUAAACCCAGUAUAACAGGACAGUCUCAGCAGUUAUCUAAUCCCACUACUACUACUACCACUUCAGGUUAUGCGAAUCUGCAACAACAACCAAUGAGAAAUCUCCCACCUGGUCAUAUGGGGCAUCCGGGAACUUCUUAUCCACGCUAUCACCAUUAGCAAUCACAAUUCUUCGUGGAUUACUUUUUUGUAUAUAUUAAUAUUUUUCUCAACAUUUUCAUAGUUCUGUGGCCAAUGUUUUUGUUUUUCGACACAUUUUUGUACAAUGAUUUUAGUAAAAAUAUACAGGUGUCCCAGUA